AUGCCGAGCCCGGCGAAGAAGCGGAAGCUCAAUAAUGGUUCUAAAACACCAACUGUUCCUGCAAAGGGGUUGGAAUACUUCUUCUCUAAGCAAAAGAGUUCGGGUCCCUCUAAAUCUGAAGAACCAUCCUCAGCAGGUGGUACGUCAAAUGAGGCCGAACUCACAGAUGAGGAGCUGGCCCGUAAACUUCAAGCUGAAUGGAAUCAAGAGGUAGCUCAAGAAGAGCUAAAAGGGGAACCACAAGUUAAACAAGAGGAUUUUGCGGCCAAGGCGUUCGAUGGAACUCAAAUCAAAAAACAAGAAUCGCUUAAAGAAGAUGGAGAUCUCCAGAGCGAUGAAGUAAACAAAACGCCAGCUCCUGGACGACCGGAGGCUGCUCUGAAGAAGACACUGACUCUGCAGCCCACCAGGAUGGCCGAGGACUCUGUGACAUAUUCUAUUCCUUUAGAUGAAUCGCCUUUGACAUUCGACACCACCAAGUAUAUUGGCUCGCUGCAAGAGGCCUGGGCUCCUGAAGGAGGACAUGCAACAUAUGCUCUACUCACUCGAUGCUUUUAUCUCAUUAAUGCUACGAGAAGUCGGAUAAAGAUAGUAGACACACUGGUCAACUGCUUGCGCAUUCUAAUAGAAGGAGACCCUUCGAGCUUGUUACCAGCUGUAUGGCUAGCAACAAAUUCUAUUUCGCCCGCAUAUAUCUCAUUAGAACUAGGACUAGGGGGGUCGAUGUUGUCCAAGGCUCUCAGGCAGGCGUGCGGUUUAGACAACAGGUCACUCAAAUCCCUGUAUGACAAAUAUGGUGAUGCUGGUGAUGUUGCAUUCGAAGCAAAGAAAAAGCAAAGCUUCACUUUGAGGAAGCCAAAACCGCUCACCAUACAAAAUGUCUACAAGAGUCUAGUCAGCAUUGCAAACAGCCAAGGAAAGGGCAGCGCGGAGGCAAAGCAGCGAAUUGUGGACCGUCUGCUACAGGAUGCGCAAGGUGGUGAAGAGAGUCGAUUCAUUGUCAGGACUCUCUGUCAACAUCUUCGCAUCGGGGCUGUCAAAACAACCAUGCUUAUAGCAUUGUCAAGGGCCUUUCUGCUUUCAAAGCCCCCCGGUGCUGAUUUCCCCUUGAGAUCAGCCAACGAACUAUCCAAAUUGAAGAAAGAGGAAUUAGCUGAGGUUUGGGGCAAAUCAGAAGAAUUGGUGAAGGCCUGCUUUGCAAAGCGGCCAAACUACAAUGAUUUGGUACCGGUUCUACUAGAGAUCGGCGUCACGGAGGAGCUAUCGCUUCGAUGUGGGCUGGCCCUGCACAUACCACUCCGUCCUAUGCUGGGCAGCAUCACUCGCGACUUAUCCGAGAUGCUUAUAAAAUUACAAGGGCGGGACUUUGCUUGCGAAUACAAAUACGACGGUCAAAGGGCACAAGUUCAUUGUGACAAGGAUGGAAAAGUGUCAAUAUUCUCUCGGCAUCUGGAGCUCAUGACAGACAAAUAUCCCGACCUUGUCGAACUGGUUCCCAAGAUACGAGGCGAUGGAGUCGAGAGCUUCAUCAUGGAAGGUGAAGUCGUUGCUGUGGAUAAUUCCACAGGGGACUUGAAGAACUUUCAAACCCUGUCUAAUAGGGCACGCAAGGAUGUCUCCAUGGGUGCUAUCUCUAUCAAUGUUUGCCUCUUCGCUUUCGACCUAAUGUUUUUGAAUGGGCAGCCAUUACUUGAUCGGCCUUUCCGCGAGCGGAGAGAGCUACUCCGAUCACUAUUCAUUGAAGUCCCCCACCAUUUCACUUGGGUGAAGAGUUUAGAUGCAACGUCCCAGGAUUCAGAAUCCGUGUUAGAAUUCUUCAAGUCAGCCACGGAAGAAAAAUGCGAGGGUAUCAUGGUCAAAAUGUUAGAUAAUUCAUCUACCUCUGCUAUCGGUCCUGUUGCAGGAGAAAUAGCCAACGCCUCAGAAGAUCCGGAGACUCUUGAUGAGGCAGAGAAAUCAGAAAAGAAGAAGGCUCCAGCUGGAGGCGAUAAAGACGGGGAAGAAAGGAAAACUAAAGGUCGCAGGAAGCCGCUUCUUGCCACAUAUGAGCCUGAUAAACGACUAGAGUCAUGGCUCAAGGUCAAGAAGGAUUACCACUCUAGCUUUGAUACCCUCGACUUGAUACCUGUAGCAGGGUGGCAUGGUCAAGGCCGAAAAGCAAAAUGGUGGUCGCCCAUCCUUCUUGCCGUACGCAAUGAGGAUAGCGGCUCCCUCGAAGUCGUAUGCAAAUGCAUGUCUGGCUUCACAGAUGCAUUCUAUAAGGCAAACAAGGAGUUUUAUGAUGAUGGGGCUGAAACAGGUGAGCCUAAGAAUACAAAAGCGCAGCAACCAGGCUUUAUAGAGUAUUCUGGCCCGCACCCUGAUGUCUGGUUCGAGCCUCAAGAGGUUUGGGAGAUGGCCUUCGCAGACAUCACGCUCAGCCCAACAUACACAGCAGCAAUAGGGUUGGUGAGCGAUGAAAGAGGUUUGAGCUUGAGGUUUCCUCGGUUCCUGAAAAAACGGGAGGACAAGAGCAUUGAAGAAGCCAGCACAAACGAAUUUCUUGCUGGAUUAUGGAGGAAGCAGGAAGCUAAAGGCACAACGACCAAGGAAGAGUCAGAGGAGCCAGCCGAUGAAAUCGAGGAGUGA